GCGGGCUUUGGUGAAUACGCGAUUUGGUGCAGCCGGGCUUUGGUACCGAGCGGAGAGGAGAUGCACACGGCACUCGAGUGUGAGAUAAUGUACACUGAAGAAACCUCAUCACAUUUAUAUAUCCAGUGAAUGGAGCUAAACUCAGACUAUCAUUACCUCACACUAUCAUCUUCUAGUGGAAACCCAAGGAGAAGUAGAAAUGAAGGUGCACAUACACACCAAGUUCUGCCUCAUUUGUUUGCUGACAUUUGUUUUCCAUCAUUGUAAUCAUUGCCAUGAAGAACAUGACCAUGGCCGUGAAGAGCUUCACAGACACCAUCGUGGAAUGACAGAAUUGGAGCCAAACAAAUUUUCAGUGCAGGAUGCUGAGAGUGAAAAAAAGUACUAUAUUGAAAAACUUUUUGACCGCUAUGGUGAAAAUGGAAGAUUAUCAUUUUUUGGUCUGGAGAAACUUUUAACAAACUUGGGUCUUGGAGAGAUAAAAGUAGUUGAGAUUAAUCAUGAGGAUCUUGGCCACGAUCAUGUUUCUCACUUAGACAUUUUGGCAGUUCAAGAGGGAAAGCAUUCUCACUCACACAAUCACCAGCAUUCCCACAGUCAUACAAAUUCAGAAAAUCAAACUAUGACCAGUGUGUCAACAAAAAGAAACCACAAAUGUGAUCCAGAGAAAGAGACAGUUGAAGUGUCUGUAAAAUCUGAUGACAAGCGUGUGCAUGGCCACAACCAUCGCUUACACCAUCACCAUCGCUUGCGUCAUCACCUUGAUCGCAACACCACUCGCCAUGGUCACAAUGAUUCCAUUACUCACAGUGAGCGGGGUGAACCCAGCCAGGGACCUUUGACAGAGACCAAUAAAACACAGGAACAGUCUGAAGUUAAGUCACUGAAAAGGAAUAACCGCGAUCAGGGUGAACAGUAUGAGCAUAACCGGGUCCACAAACUUGAUCGAGUGCAUAACCCAGGUCAUCCUCAUGCUCAUCCUCCAGAGCAUAACAGUCAUGAUCUUGGACAUCAGGAUCUCAGUCUUGAUAAUGAGGGUGAACUUCGACAUACUAGGAAGCGAGAAGCACCGCAUGUGAAAAAAAGUGCAAUUUAUUCAGCUGCUAGUCACAAAGACCACAAUGAAGAUGACCGUCAACAUGAGUGUUUGAACGUCACUCAGUUAUUAAAACACUAUGGUGUGGGUCCCAGCUCUCCCAUCUCACCCGACCUGUUUACAUAUCUUUGCCCCGCAUUGCUAUAUCAAAUCGACAGCAGACUUUGUAUUGAGCAUUUUGACAAACUUUUAGUUGAAGAUUUAAAUAACGAUAAAACACUGGUUCCUGAAGAUAAAGCAAAUAUAGGAGCAUCAGCAUGGAUAUGUGGUAUCAUUUCUAUUACUGUCAUCAGCCUGCUUUCCUUGCUGGGUGUGAUUUUGGUUCCUAUCAUUAACCAAGGAUGCUUCAAAUUCCUUCUCACAUUCCUUGUUGCACUAGCUGUGGGAACAAUGAGUGGAGAUGCCCUCCUUCAUCUACUGCCCCAUUCUCAGGGUGGUCAUGAUCACAGUCACCAGCAUGCACAUGGGCAUGGGCAUUCACAUGAACACGAGUCCAAGAGGUUUUUGGAGGAAUAUGAUGCUGUGUUGAAAGGACUCGUUGCAUUAGGAGGCAUCUAUUUGCUGUUCAUCAUUGAGCACUGCAUUCGAAUGUUUAAGCACUACAAACAACAGAGGGGGAAACAGAAAUGGUUUAUGAAGCAGAGCACAGAAGAAUCCACUAUUGGAAGAAAACUUUCGGAUCAUAAGUUAAACAACACACCAGAUGCUGACUGGCUUCAGCUCAAGCCUCUUGCCGGAACUGAUGACUCGGUUGUCUCUGAAGAUCGGCUUAAUGAAACUGAACUGACAGAUUUAGAAACCCAGCAAGAAUCUCCUCCAAAAAAUUAUCUUUGUAUAGAAGAGGAGAAAAUCAUGGACCAUUCUCAAAGUGAUGGGCUACAUACCAUUCAUGAGCACGAUGUCCACGUCACUACACAUAACCACCACGCUGAGAGCCAGACUGUGCUGAGGAAGCAUAACCAUCAGUGGCACCACAAGCAUUCUCACCAUUCACACGGUCCCUGUCACUCGGGGUCAGAUCUGAAAGAAACGGGAAUAGCUAACAUAGCCUGGAUGGUGAUUAUGGGGGAUGGCAUCCACAACUUCAGUGAUGGGCUAGCCAUUGGAGCGGCUUUCAGUGCUGGGUUGACGGGAGGAAUCAGUACGUCUAUAGCUGUCUUCUGUCAUGAGCUGCCACAUGAGUUAGGGGACUUUGCAGUUCUUCUGAAAGCAGGAAUGACCGUAAAGCAAGCAAUUGUGUACAACCUCCUUUCCGCCAUGAUGGCGUAUGUGGGCAUGCUCAUUGGCACAGCUGUCGGCCAGUACGCCAACAACAUCACACUCUGGAUUUUUGCGGUCACUGCAGGCAUGUUCCUGUAUGUAGCAUUGGUGGAUAUGCUUCCAGAAAUGUUGCAUGGCGAUGGUGACAAUGAAGAGCAUGGCUUCUGUCCCGUCGGGCAAUUCAUUCUUCAGAAUUUAGGACUGCUCUUUGGAUUUGCCAUCAUGCUGGUGAUCGCCCUCUAUGAAGACAAAAUUGUGUUUGACAUCCACUUUUGACCAUUCCUAGUAAUCUUUGUUGAUUACGAGAAUGUAACCAUGCAGCUCUGCAUCUCUUCCUUGUACUGUGUGCACAUUGCUCAAAGAAGUCAGUGGCUUGCACUGGUUCCAAGUUCCGUAGCUUUGAGCCUAACCACAACAGACUGGUGCUCAGUACUGUGUCCCUGCAUGACUGGGUCUUUAAAAACAUAAAGUUUGUGAUAAAGACAGGAGAAAAUGGGACUCCAUAAACCAAUGUUGAUAAAAGUUUGAUUAAGACUUAAAAAAAAAUAAUCAUAUAAAACACUAGUCUCUUUAUUAGUAGAAACUUCUGUGGCUAUGCAGAAAUAGUAAUUGAACCAAAAAAAUCAUUUAAACUUUAAAAAUAUUUUAAAUGGACUUUGAGCAGACUUUGUUGUGUAUGUGUGUGUGUGUGUAUGUGUGUGUGCGCACGCAUAUGUGUGCUAAGAAUGAAUUUUAGUGCCAUUUUUAAUUCAGCUAAAUGUAUACAUAUGGGGUCAGUAGGGAUCAACUUGACUCAACUUUGAGGUUGCAUAAAGUAGACGAUAGGAACUAAAGGAAAGCCCAGGCUGCACUAGAGUAUGGAACUUAGCAUUGAAAGCCCUUAUUCUUGAAUCUAGAGUUACUAUUUUUGUAUAUAUUUGCAUAGUGUUUAAAUACGCAGCCUAAACUACUGAAAUUUGUGAUUGUAUGUUUGUGUGAGCUUCAGUUUAAUGAAAGAUUCAUAAUGGUUCUUUGUAUUAUUAUAAUACUUGGUGUUUGGGGAUUUUUUUUUUUCCAUUUGCUUUUCUAACUUUAAUUUUGUUUUUGUUGUUUUUCUUGUGUGGGGGUUGUCAUGGCCAGAGCAUGGAGUCAGCUGCUUUUUCCUUAACAUUGUAACCCUCCAGGAGAUGGUGAAGAAACGGUGUCCAGCAUUCCAGUAUCGAAUAGGCUAAUUGGGAAAUUUAAGUUUUGAAUGUUCACAUUACUUUACCAGUUUGGCUUUGGAACUAAGAGCAUAUGCUGUGACUGGCAAUGGCUUUGAAGGCAGAAAACCCAGGUUUACUAUGUCUACAAUCUGUAUAUGAAAUGUCAGUUAAACUGUUACCAGGAUAAGCUCCAUGGAUACCAUGGCUAUCAUGGUACCAAGUAAAUGACAAAUCUAAAAAUCACUUCACUCUUUUUGUGCCAAGGUGUGCUGUUGGUGCCUGAUAGGGAGUAGUCUAUGUUUUAGAUGCCCUGUUGUAGGUGAUCUGUGAAAAGUGCAAGCCAUGCUUAUCCUGAAUUUUGAUUAAGUCAUUCGUAGUACUAGUCAUGUGCAUGCAGCGCUCGUUUACAUCUUGUGCCACUUGAUCUUCAUUUCUGCCAGGUACCCUGUAUCUGAGCUGUGUGCGCCUAGCUUCAUUGGAAUCUGCUUGGUGGCCAGUAUAGCUCUUUUAAAAAUCUUAUGUUUCAAAUAUGUAAGAGCCAACUCUUUCCAUUCCACUUCAAAUGUUUUUACUUAGCCUUUUCCUUUCUGCAGCUCCUUUCCUCUUCCUCUCUAAACUUCUUGAAGGAAAGGUUUCUGAGAGCAGCCACACACACCAGGUGAUAGGGGAUCAGCGCCAGUGUUACUUCGUGAUGCAGAAAACAAGGGAGCAUAGGUAUUGUCAUGUCUGUGCUUUAUGUUUGAACUUGAAAAGUUGUUUGCAGAUUUUCCCAUGGUCUCCUUAUAGCAAGUACCAGUUUUAUACACAGAUUUUUCAACAUCAGGCAUCGAAUGGACAGUCCUUGCCUCAUUACCUGGUCCUUCGAGCAGCCUUGCUGAAAGGUGCUGGCGUUUUACUUAGUACUACCAACUUUAAGUGACUCGAAUAUUUUGCUUUCAGAACCAAGAUAGGUUUAUAGCUCGUUUAGGGGUCUUUGUACCCAAGGAGAAUUGUGCAUUCCAGCAUUAAAUCUGCUUCAUCUAAAGCAAUAGCUGGAACAUACUCCCAAGUGUCAAUGCCUACUUAAAGCAGAUUGGUUAUGCUACAGUAUAUACUGUUCUAUAAUCUCUGAAGACAUGGUAUUGUCUUUAUUUGCUGCAUUUUUUAGGAAGGCUGUGACAGUUGCUGCUAGUGUUUUCAUGGGGUUUCACCAGUAUUCAGUUUUACACCAUGCUAAUGUAUAGUUUCAAGUCUUACUAGACAAUCCUAAUUCCACUACAUUUCUGUUUGGCUCCAACAUUCCACUGAGCUUGACCAGUCUAGUUUGAACAUGGGUUUGUUGGAGAUCAUUCAUGUUACUUGUACAAUGCUGUCACCAUGUGACAUCCAUAUGAAUUUUGGUGUAUAUCACAUUGCAUUCAAUCAGCUGUGAUUAUGCUUAGAAAUACUAUAGUAACUAGGUGCAGUGUGAACUUUUUCCAUUAACAGUAAGUCAGUGGCUUAAAUGUGAUUAUGGUCCUGCAAGGUGAUACUUGCUAAAAUAUCUAAACCUUUUUUGUUGUAACUGAAUCAUUUUUUAAAAAAAUUAUAAGGCUGGAAGUGAUCAAAUGCUGUUUUUUUUCAUUGUUGACAGUGGUUUGUCAUUUUAUGUGUUCUGGAUGCUCAUGGAACACAUCCAAAAUAAAGUUAUUCAAAAAGAGAAAA